GCGUACCUUUGUCACUAACUCUCAUGGGACCGGUGGAUCGUUUUUGCAUCGCAGAAUGGAGCGCUGAUUUGGAGAACAGCUCGUUGUAGUGAAGCGACCUAGAUGGUUAGAAUUUCUGUGGUAGUAUGAUCAAGGACGCUCUGCACCAAUAGUGUCGGCAGCUUCUUAUGCCCUCCAGAGCCUUCACUUUUUGUACAUAAUCCGUUAUGAAUCCAAACUAUAUAUAUACGUUUUCGCCGCCAUUGCGUCCCCCAGCUCCCUAUGCCAUCAAUUAGUUCUCCCAGCAAAGUUCUCGUCUCCGGUGCAAAUGGCUACAUCGCAACAUGGAUUGUUCGUGCCCUUUUGGAGAGAGGUUAUGCGGUGCGAGGGACGGUGCGCAGCCUAGUGAAAGGCGAGCACUUGAAGAACACCUUCAAGUCAUAUAGCAACCAGCUGGAAAUUGUUGUGGUCGAUGAUAUCACCAAGGACGGGGCCUUCGAUGAAGCGGUUAAGGGUGUAGAUGCGAUAGCUCAUACGGCAUCACCUGUGCAGUUGAGCGUGAGCGACCCCCAAGAGCUGAUCCUACCUGCUGUGAAGGGCACAGUAGGUAUGCUGACCAGUGCAGCCAAAUAUGGAUCAUCUGUACGACGUAUCGUCGUCACAUCUUCAUGUGCUGCAAUUAUGCGGUCGGAGCCGGAGACCAUUACCUUAUCGGAAGUCGAUUGGAACGAGCAAUCGCCAAAGGAAGUAGAGGAGAAAGGCCAAGAUGCGUCGGCUUUUGCGAAAUAUCGCACGUCCAAGGUAUUAGCUGAGAAAGCUGCUUGGAAUUUCUAUGAAACACAGAAAUCGGAGCUUCCUUGGGACCUGACCAUGAUAAACCCACCAUGGGUGUUUGGGCCCUUCAUCCAUGACGUGCCCUCCCUCAAUGCCCUCAACACCUCUGCAAAACUGUGGUACAACGUCGUAGCUCAGAUGGACAAGGGUGGAUUGUCCUCGGAUGCAAUCCUUACACAGCCAGGGCACGGUUGGGUGGAUGUCCGCGAUCUCGCCGAAGCUCAUGUCCUAGCAUUGGAGGUCGAAGCUGCUGGUGGUGAGAGGAUUAUCAUAUCAGCUGGCUCUUGCGUGUGGCAAGACUUCAUCAAUGCGGCGCAGUCUGUUUCGACAUCUCGCACUCUCCCCAAGGCUGUCCCUGGCGAUACCAGAUAUGCGAUUGUAUUUGACACGAGCAAGGAGAAGAGGUUGCUUGGGUUGAAGUUCAGGACCAUGGAGGAAACUGCGAGAGAUGUCUUGAGUGAUUUUGACAGACUCGAGUGGUGAUUAAGAGGCACAUAUACUGUUUAUCUAUAUGUCUGAAUUCACAGCUUCCCUGCACCAGUCAUUUACUUACCUGCUGAAUAAGUAUCUAUUCCCAG